GCGAGCUAGUUACGCAUUACUUAACGGCCCCAAAGUGGGAGGGGGAUGCUUGUCCGUUGUAGUUGUGAAGCAGCAAACGCUUGGAAAGCUGCGAAGCAUCAGCAGCAGGUUAAGCAGGUCUCCAGUGGAGGAAGAUUGUUAGUUUUUCUUACUCGCUGUAGUGAACGACUGAACGUGGUUCGGUUCGCGGGAGAGCUUGCGAGUGAGUGAUAAGUGCUUAUCCGUAUCGAUAAAUACGUCCGUUGGCAUACUGAUAACUGCCGUUGAUUGCGAUCGAAUGUAAGGGUGGCCAAAAAUAAAAGCUUGCCUCCCACCCGACGCGCUCAGCUGGUUAAGUUGUGUGGAUCGUUUUUCACGAUGAAUUAGCUCUUCUCUGGAGGCAGGACGUGAUACACGGCAGGACCCGCACGAUUGGCCACGCUCCAAAGGUCAGCUCGUGAUGCGAGCGUAAGAAAACACACAAGCAGGCUACCAGCGUGCUAUUAUCUCGGUGUAGUCGUACGCGCGCGAGCUCUAAUCGCAAAAGGAAGGCGCGAGUCAUCACCCAUCGAAACACGUUCCACCAGUGGGGCUGUGGCGCGAUUUCAGUUCAUCGAUAGCAUUCAUCGAACUCGGCCAUCCGUGUAGCUCGCUUCAAAAGCGGCCACCGUCUUGAAGCUCGAGCCCUUUUGGAAAGGAAACUAAAUCGCCCGACCGCAAGUGAGGGAGAAAGUUACAUUACGCCACAAUUGCAAUCCCGUACAAAACCCGCGACAAAGGUCCGCAACAUGCCGUCGAACAGUGGAACCAUUAACAAAGACCUGCAGGCGGAGCGGGACAAGUGCACUUUCAACAACGAGGAGUUUACCCUGUGGUGGGUCGGUGGGGAAACAAAGCUGAAAGAGAAACGAUUCCGAGAGGACUUCUUUCUCAAUGAUCCCGAGCUGCGGGAGAAAGUGCCUCUGCACUUCCUUUCCCACAAGGAGCUGUACGAGGAAUCGGUACGCAAGGCUACGGUUGCGUUCCGCAAGGUUCGCAAGCUGCAGGAAAUGGGACAGGACGGUGUGGACAAUUACUCUGCCUUGUUAGGUGGACUGCUUGGUACGGGCAUUCUGAAGCAGGGCAAUCCACUAACCGUGCACUAUGUGAUGUUUUUGCCGGCCAUCCUCGGGCACGGUACACCGGAACAGCAAGCCGAGUGGUUCGGACGCGCCUGGAACUGUGAGGUGAUCGGGACGUACGCACAGACCGAGCUCGGCCAUGGAACGUUCCUGCGAGGACUGGAAACGACGGCCACGUACGACGAGCGCACGAAAGAGUUUGUGCUUCACAGUCCAACACUAACCGCGUACAAGUGGUGGCCGGGAGGAUUGGCACAUACGGCCAACUAUUGCGUGGUAAUGGCGCAGCUGUACUCCAAAGGAAACUGUCACGGCAUUCAACCGUUCAUUGUGCAGCUGCGUGACGAAGAGACGCACAUGCCGUUGAAAGGCAUUACGAUCGGUGAGAUCGGCAACAAGUUGGGCAUGAACGGUGUGAACAAUGGGUUCCUUGGGUUCGAUCACGUGCGCAUUCCCCGGAAGAACAUGCUGAUGAAGAACGCCAAACUGUUGGAGGAUGGUACGUUCGUGAAGCCACCGUCGCAAGCACUCACCUACGGUACGAUGAUGUUUGUGCGAGUUGUGAUCUGUCGUGAUAUGGCGGCUUACUUGUCGAAAGCGGUAACGAUCGCGGUACGCUACUCGGCCGUACGCCGACAGAGUCACAUUAACCCGGACCAACCGGAAGUGCAAGUGAUCGACCACUUGACGCAACAGUACAAGCUGUUCCCGGCCAUCGCCAAGAGUAUCAUCUUCAAGCUAACGUCCGACAAUCUGUGGGAGAUGUACAAUCAGGUAACGUCCGAGCUGGACAAGGGUGACCUGGAACGGUUGCCCGAACUGCACGCGAUUGCCUGCUGCCUGAAGGCCAUCACGACGGCAGAUGCGGCCACCGGUGUUGAGGCUUGCCGACUGGCGUGCGGUGGCCACGGCUACAUGACGUGCUCCAACUUUUACGGUACCUACGGCAUGGUGACGGCCGCUUGUACGUACGAGGGCGAGAAUACGGUGCUGCUGCUUCAAACCGCACGCUACUUGAUGAAAGCUUGGCAGCAGGCACUCCGUGGACAGGAGCUGGUGCCUACCGUGCAGUAUUUGGCUCGGUUUUUGAGCAGCAACAGCCGGCGCAUGGAGUGGGACGAUUCGAUCGGUGGAAUUAUACGCGCACUGCAAACCGUCGCCGCUGGUAAAUUGCGCCUUGCCGCGGAACACAUUGAGCAGCGUCAGAAGCGUGGCGCGACGCUGGAGGAAGCAACGAACCAAACGUCGAUCGAGCUGGCACGCACAGCCGACGCCCACUGUCGAGCCUUCUUGGUGCAGUCCGGGUUCGAGAUGAUCGAAAAGGGUUGCGAGACUGUGUCGCCCGAAGUGGCCAAGGUGCUGCGCACCAUUUACCAUCUGUACGCGUACGAUGAAGCACUGAAGGCGCUUGGAGAUUUGCUACGGUUCACCACCAUAUCCGAGAGUGACAUUAAUCGACUGCAGGCAAAGCUGGAAGCGGCACUUGCGGAACUGCGCCCGAACGCGGUCGGUAUCGUUGAUUCGUUUGACAUACCGGACGAUGUGCUGGGAUCACCGCUCGGUGCCUAUGACGGCAACGUUUACGAGCGACUGUACGAGGAGGCGAAAAAGAGUCCGCUGAAUCAGGAACCGGUAAACCAAUCAUUCCACCUGUAUCUGAAACCGUUCAUGAAGUCAAGCCUUUAAAGAUGGGUAUGCCUCUUAUCAGUAAACAUCGUCGCAUUAUAGCCCUCGUUCGGUGUUCACGGCAAAGGAAGAGGGCACGAAAACAAACACUCUGGUGAUAGAUAAAGCUUUGGUUAUCGUACUACUAUUUUACUACAUUGCUACGGAAGAAGUCCUAUGAAUCCUUUCUUUUAGAGAUAUAUACACAUUUUACCACGAUGAACAAAGGGAUCGCAAAUGGUGCGUUUGCAUACAGUUUGCUAUGCAGUUGUUAAAUAUAAAUAAGCUAAAACAAAAAAACGAA